UAUAUUUGAUCCCUGUACUCUUCUAGCUAGCCUAGAUAGGACUACAAGAUCUGGAUUUGAGUGUCUUUGAAGUCUGGUUUAGGUCGUCCUAUCUCUUUAGAUUUCAUAGCAAGCUCGUGCUAUUGUGGCGCGAAAUCCUGGAGAACCAAUUAUAUUUUCCUUGGCGGGAACAGACCAGCAGGAACAUCAAGUACAGUUUACUUUAGAGACUCUGUGGUAACGUUACAGCAGUAACAACGUAACCAUAACGUAGACUGACCGACGACUGUUAAAACAUAUACAGUAUUAGCAACUGAUAAACAUUUGACUUAUGUCGAAAUUACAGUAGGUUAUAGCGGUAGCAGUGACUAGUACUCGUCCUCACUUAAUUUAAACGUUGACGUAAAUUAACAGUAGUUAGCUAGUCUAGUGUGUUCCUUAGAUUUUUGGCUAGAAUAACACACGUCCGAUACUGUUAAUGGCCUCCACUGGGAGAAAACAGUCAAAGAAAACGAAGCAUGCAGAAGACUCAACUGACAUAAAAUCGUUUGAUUUCGCACUUGAGGACGAAAAGACAGAACUGAGUUGUUCAGAGGAUGACAUACGAGAAGAUGAAACUCCUGUUGUUGACAAGAUGGCCAAGAAAAGGUCAUUUGAGGAGGAUGAUCUAAAAGUUGGAGUGGGGAACGAGGUACAAACCAUGUUGGAGAGAUUUGGAGCUGAUAUAAGCAAAGCCAUGCAGGCCAAGAGGAAACGUUUAGAGACCUUCACCAAGAGCACACUGAAGGGCAGCAAUCAGAAACUGGAGCAGCUGUGGAAUACCCAGUAUGCACAAAGGCAGAAGCUGACUCAGGAGUACUCACAGCAGGUGUCAUCUGUGCUGCAGCAAUGGGAGAUUGAUGCACAGAAAUCAGAGGAUCAGGAGGAAAAAUUGAAUAACUUGUUUCGCCAGCAACAAAAACUGUUCCAGCAGGCUAGAGUGGUGCAAAGCCAGAAACUGAAAACCAUCAAAGAGCUAUACGAGCAGUUCAUUAAGAACAUGGAGGAGAUGGAGAAGAGCCAUGAGACCUUCUUGCAGGGGGCACAGGUGGAGCUGAAGAAGGAGAUGGCAGUGUUGCAGAAGAAAGUUAUGAUGGACACUCAACAGCAGGAGAUGGCCACUGUCCGCAAGUCUCUUCAGUCUAUGUUGUUCUAGAGGAAGUUUAAUCUGAUGUUACCAUGUCAAUAGCCUCUACAGUCAAACCGCUAAGGGUUUUUAUAAUUCGAGAGUUCACGACAAUUAGACACUGGAAAUGAAAGACAGAGAGAAGGUUUUCAAAGUCUGAAUUCUGUUUGUAUAUUUGCAUGCUGUAUUUAUUCAUUAACAUGUUGCUUAUUCGUAUAUUUAUUUGCCAGUUGAUCUGCUAUUGUAUACUUACCUGUAUGUUUAUCUUCUGUUUCAUAAAACAAUUUGCUCUAAACAAUACAAUUUUGUUUUUAUUAAAGCCAUUAUAAGUAGCAGUUGUUUUUUAUAAUGGACUGAAGUAUUUUCUGAUUUGUCAAGGCAGACAACAAUAACAAAACUUUGAUCCACUCUGUCUGUGUGCUUUUACAUUUUUGCCUCUUGUUUUUUUCUCCAAACAUUGAUGUAUUCUUUUUUAUAUUUACACAAUGUUGGGGCUGUACAGUAUGUUGGUUGUAAUGUAAUAGACUAUCAAAUCACCAGUACAUCCCUGCAAAUAGGUGGCAAUAAUGUACCAAUAACUGAGCUGGGCAUGUAAACAAACCCACAAGGAAGAAGACACUUCACUUACUGGAUAGGAUUGCAGGGACUGUUACUAGGCAAAAAUGGGAAAAUUAGGAUACUGAUCCUGUGGUUGGAUGGAGCUGGGAAAAAAACUACAAUUCUUUACAGACUUCUAGUUGGGGAGGUCGUCACCACUAUAACCACCAUUUGCUUCAACAUGGAAACGGUAACAUACAAGGAUCUGACAUUCCAGGUGUGGGAUCUUGGAGGGCAGACCAGUAUUAGGCCUUACUGGUGCUGCUACUACUCCAAAACCGAUGCUGUUAUCUAUGUAGUGGACAGCAGUGACCAGGACGGGAUGGGAAUUUCCAAGUCUGAACUGGUGGCUAUGCUUGAGAUAUCCCAAUCUGCUCCUUAUACCAUCACGGUCACCUAAUCAUCCCCAGCUUACAAUUGGCUCAUUCAUCCCCCAUCCUCUUCCCUGUAACUAUUCCCUAGGUUGUUGCUGUAAAUGACAAUGUGUUCUCAGUCAACUUACCUGGUAAAAUAAAAAAGGAAUUUGGCUUUAGGAGCUUGUAUAUGUUUAAUGGUACCAUGGCUCACACUUAUCUUCUUAUCCAUUAGUCUAAUUUAUCAGGCUGUAAUACACAAUGAAUUGGUAUAUACAGCCUGAAAUGAAUAAAUUGUGUAAAUGUUCCUUACAAGCCAGAAUGUUGAAUACAAAUAUAUAUUUGAACUUACUCUGCCGGAUGUCUGUGCGGUUUGACCGUAAGCCGCUUGAAAUCUGCUAAAUUGCAAAUAAACUCAGCAAAAAAAGAAACAUCCUCAAUGUCAACUGUUAUUUUCAGCAAACUUAACAUGUAAAUAUUUGUAUGAACAUAACGAGAUUCAACAGAUGAGACAUAAACUGAACAAGUUCCACAGACAUGUGACUAACAGAAAUGGAAUAAUGUGUCCCUGAACCAAGGGGGGUCAAAAUCAAAAGUAACAGCAUCUGAUGUGGCCACCAGCUGCAUUAAGUACUGCAGUGCAUCUCCUCAAGGACUGCACCAGGUUUGCCAGUUCUUGCUGUGAGAUGUUACCCCACUCUUCCACCAAGGCACCUGCAAGUUCCCGGACAUUUCUGGGGGGAAUGGCCCUAGCCCUCACCCUCCGAUCCAACAGGUCCCAGACGUGCUCAAUGGGAUUGAGAUCCGGGCUCUUCGCUGGCCAUGGCAGAACACUGACAUUCCUGUCUUGCAGGAAAUCACGCACAGAAGGAGCAGUAUGGCUGGUGGCAUUGUCAUGCUGGAGGGUCAUGUCAGGUUGAGCCUGCAGGAAGGCUACCACAUGAGGCGCCUGUCUUCCCUGUAACGCACAGCUUUGAGAUUGCCUGAAAUGACAAGAAGCUCAGUCCGAUGAUGCUGUGACACACCGCCCCAGACCAUGACAGACCCUCCACCUCCAAAUCGAUCCCGCUCCAGAGUACAGGCCUCGUGUAUUGCUCAUUCCUUCAACGAUAAACGCAAAUCCGACCAUCACCCCUGCUGAGACAAAACCGCGACUCGUCAGUGAAGAGUACUUUUUGCCUGUCCCGUCUGGUCCAGGGCCGGGGGGUUUGUGCCCAUAGGAGACGUUGUUGCCCGUGAUGUCUGGUGAGGACUUGCCCUCAGUUCAGCUUAUUGCGGACAGUCUGAGCACUGAUGGAGGGAUUGUGCGUUCCUGGUUUAACUCGGGCAGUUGUUGCCAUCCUUUACCUGUCCCGCAGGUGUGAUGUUCGGAUGUACCGAUCCUGUCCAGGUGUUGUUACACGUGGUCUGCCACUGCGAGGACGUCUCCCUGUAUCGCUGUCAUAGGCGUCUCACAGUACGGACAUUGCAAUUUAUUGACCUGGCCACAUCUGCAGUCCUCAUGCCUCCCUGCAGCAUGCCUAAGGCACAUUCAUACAGAUGAGCAGGGACCCUGGGCAUCUUUCUUUUGUUGUUUUUCCAGAGUCAGUAGAAAGGCCUCUUUAGUGUCCUAAGUUUUCAUAACUGUGACCUUAAUUGCCUACCGCCUGUUAGUGUCUUAACGACUGUUCAUUAAUUGUUUGGUUCAUUGAACAAGCAUAGGAAACAGUGUUUAAACCCUUUAGAGUGAAGUGAUUUUGAUUUUUACAAAUUAUCUUUGAAAGACAGGGUCCUGAACAGAUGUUUAUUUUUUUGCUGAGUUUAUGUCCACUCAUUGUGACAAGUUAAUGUUCAUAUGAAUCUGUCUUUGAAGUCAAGCUUCUCACCUUGGGAAAAACUUCAAUAGAAUCUUCCAUCUCUGUCCUUUUGUGUAGAGUCAUACAAGGGACACUUUGGGCCGGUCCAUUGUGUUCGCUUUAGUCCAGACGGGGAGCUCUAUGCCAGCGGAUCAGAGGAUGGAACACUCCGUCUGUGGAAGACAGCCUUGGGUAAAACCUACUGCCUGUGGAAAUGCGUGCUGUCAGAUGAGAGAGGAGCUGAUCUCAGACAACUGAUGUCUCCUACCUGGCUACACCUGAAAUAAAGGCCCGAGGUCCAGGCCCAGCAGGUCUACGCACAACUUCUGGCAGGGUCCCUAUCCACUAUCCCUAAAUUGGACAUAUGUGGGGAAGAGAAACUUGUGAGUCCUAACACACGCACUAGGUCUGUCAGUGGUCAUCCUAUUGCAUUUCUCUAUUUUGAUGCAACCAUGAAGUGUUUGCCAAGCAUCAAUGUUCGUUUUUAUCAAUAGUAUAUGGGAGAGAUGUUUACAUUGAGAAAAUACAUAGUAGUACUUUUGUCUCUUAAUUCCUAUUUUGCCAUUGUUGCAGCUGUAUUUCAUUGUUAAAUUAAAUAAUUUUAACAUGCUGUCUCUAAA